AGUAAUUUUGGUCAACAGAACAAAGUUUACGUGGAAAGGGGUGGAUUUGAAAAGGUUUGAAACAUCGAAGCAGCUUGCAGUUUUAGAGAAAUGGAGGACGAUUUUGAAAGGCCAGACUUUUUUGACGAUUUGUUGUCUGAUGAUGGUUCCUUUGACGCCAAGAUGGCGUUACAGAGCAGCCCCGAUUCGGGUCAUGGCAGCCCGCAAAGCUUCACCUCGUCUGGAUCCUCAUCAGCUUUAUCAUCUGGACAGGAUUUUGGCUUUGAGAGCAACGACGAUUUUUGGAACUCUCUUCUCAGUGAUUUCGGUCCUCCAUCUUCGUCUGAAGGCAUCACGGAGCUAGAAAAUGGCGGUGCGACUUUCGAAUGGGAAAAUAAACACAGCUACAUGGAAACAGAUGAUAUGGGAACCGAUGACUUUUUGCAGAAUUUGUCGACUGACGAGAAUAGUGUUGUGGACAACAUUACUGUUGAUAUAGGUUGGAAUACAGAAAAUGAUGGCAUCAAAUGUACAGAUAACAUAACAGAUGUCAAAACAGAAUGUCCAUCUUCCCCCGAAACAAUAGAGGAAGUUGAAAGUUCCAUGCAGAGUAAGGAAAAGACAAAUAUCCCUGCAAGAACAAGCAACUUUGUUAUAAAUACUGUUCCUGGAUCAAAUCAAGUUGUUGUCUCUGCUGGUAACAAAAUGGUUCCGAUCAGAGGGAUCUUGCUAAAGCCAGUCUGCUCUGCAGGCACCACCACAUUGAUUUCAGUUCCAUUGUCUCUUACAUCAAAUGGCACAAAUUUGCAGACUGUUGCUACAACAACGCUCAAAGUUGCAGAAAAACAGAAACCAGCUGUUGAGAAGAAAAGUGAUACAGUUGCAAUUAAACUCACAGAGUCAAGAGGUGUUAGCAAGGGAGUUGGUCCUAAUCUACUAUUAACUGAUGAAGAGAAGAAACUGCUUGAAAUGGAAGGUGUCACAAUACCAACAGAUACACAUCUUACUAAGGCCGAAGAAAAAGUCCUUAAGAAAGUUCGAAGAAAAAUUAAAAAUAAGCAAUCUGCCAUGGAAAGUAGAAAAAGAAGAAAAGAUUAUACAGACAACUUAGAAAAAAGAGUUAAACAGUGCACUGAAGUCAACAUGACUUUGAAGAAGCAAGUAACAACAUUGACAGAGGAAAACAGAUCUUUGCUUGACCAGCUGAAAAAAUUACAAAGCCUUGUUGCAAAGCAAACCAAAUCAGCCCAAACAGGAACAUGCUUAGCAGUUUUAUUGCUUUCUUUUGCACUUUUUGUAUUACCAUUCAAUCCAAUGAAUUAUGGAAAAACUGGAGUUCAGAAUACUGGUCCUUUGUCAGCUUCUGUUGACCCAUAUUCUUCCAAUAUUGUUCGAUCAAGAACGAUACUACAGUACAAUGAAGAUACAAUUGAGAAUGACAAUUACGAAGAGUGGAAUGCUUCAAAUGUGCUGAUGAGUAAGAUUUCAUCAUUGCUUACACGGAAUGAGAAUUCACAUGAAAAUGAAAAUGAUGUUGCGUUAUCUGAGAGCAUCAACUUUCAAAACUUGAAAAAUAAUCCACAGAGUGAAAUUAAAACUUCAGAACAAUACCAGCAUAUAAUUGAAAUAAACAAAAAUGAUUUUGAUAGCAAUUGGAGGACUUCGACUUAUGCAGAUGAAAUUUAAGUAAACAAUUAAUUUAUGUUAUUGUAAUUUAAUACACAUUGACUGUCCCACAAAAGAGGGUACCAUAUGCUUAUAGGUUAUUUCUAUAACGUUUGCAGCAAUAUAGUUACUCCUUGUAAACAGGUAGGACAUCAUGUGUUCAAUUUUCAUGUAAUGUGCUAAAAAUUAGAAUGUCAUCUUUUACCAGGAUUAUACAGUUUUGGCUGGGUACAAACAUGCCUCUGUAAGUGGGCCUUUAGCUCGUCAUUACUUUACCUGGAAUUUGUAUGGAUUAAUUGUUAAUGUUUUGUAAAUAUAGAAGCAGACUGUAAUAACGUUAAUUAAGAUUUGUAAAUAUAGAGAAAAGUAACAAUGUUUUGAAGAUAACAAAAAAUGGGGUUUUGAAAUCUCAAAAGCAUCUUGAAA